UUCUCGUUUCCACGCCAAGAGCGCGUGAACAAAACUUCGUGCUGCUGCUGGCGUCGACGGGCCAAAAGUCUGUUGACGUUGCGAGGGAGACCCGAACGCUCCCCGCUCUAAUCCGCCGCCCGAGCAGCGCGGUGUGCCCCCGCCUGCCCCUGCGGUGCGGGGCCGGGCGCUCCCGGCUGGGCUCGGCACGGCGUUGCGUGCAGAAUAUAAAACCGUGAAGAAAAGCAGCGAUUUUUUUAAGAAGACGUCAUGCUUUCUGCAACCCCCCUGUAUGGCAACGUUCAUAGCUGGAUGAGCAAUGAAAGGGUCCGCAUGUGUGGAAUUAAUGAGGACAGGAAAAUCCCAGUUAACGAUGGCGAUGCACCGAAAAGCAGACUGGAGUUGAGGGAAGAAAACCACCUGAAUCACAGUGUGGUGGAUGCAAGUACAGCCCAUCGAAUUGACAGCCUGGCAGCUCUGAGCAUGGACAGGUCUGGACUUAUGCGAGAAGGACUCAGGGUCCCUAGUAGCAUUGUCUAUUCCAGCUUGUGUGGACUUGGCUCUGAAAAGUCGCGGGAUGCUACAGGUUCUAUAGCUGGUCUUGGAUUUACUCCUGAAAGAAAUCCAGAGAUACAGUUUAAGUCUAAUGCCCCCGAGGCAGUAGAAAACGCAGCUGUCUCUGGAAAAGGCCCGAAUGGUUUCAGCGCUAUCUACAAAACACCCCCUGGAAUACAAAACUCAGUCCCGACAGGAGAAACACUGGGCUUGGACCGAGCUGCAAGCGACAAGCAGAGCCCUCUGGGCGUCAAUGGUGCUAGCUACCUACGGCUCCCCUGGGUGAACCCCUACAUGGAGGGUGCGACGCCCACCAUCUACCCUUUUCUUGACUCACCAAAUAAGUAUUCAUUGAACAUGUACAAGGCGUUGCUACCUCAGCAGUCGACCUACAGCUUACCGCAGCACCUGGCCUACUCGCCCGUCUGCACCAACGGCGAGCGCUUCCUCUACCUGCCCCCCUCCCACUACGUUACCCCUCAUAUCCCCUCCUCGCUCGCCUCACCCAUGAGGAUCUCGGCUGCCUCAGCGUCCCCGGCCAUCCCGCCGUUGGUGCAUUGUCCGGACAAGGGUCUGUCAUGGAAGAUGGGUGUCAGCCCUGGUGCGCCGGUCGAGACGCACGCCUACCCACACCUGCCGAACAGCAAGCAGCCCCGCGUCCCUGCCGCCAAACCGGCACCCAGUGGCCUGGCGCCUGACCCUGCGCUCCUGCUGCCGCACUCGCCCCGGCCAUCCCCUCGCCUCCCGCUGCCUGCCCAAGUGGGGGAUGCCUACGCUGAGUUCCACAAACACUUCCCCAGCAUCGCCACGUCGCCCUCCUCCUCCGUCCCACUCCCCAAGCCCUACCUGAAUGUGGGUGGUGACUUCCCACCUGCCCGGCUGCCCAAUGGCAAGCUGCCCAAAGCCAGUGAGGCUGCUGAAGGGCCGGCACAGGUGGUACCUCAUGCCAGGAAGGCCAGCCACGAGCGGAAGGAUGGCCGCUCACCCCCGCUGCUCGAGAAGCAGGCCCCAGCCAAGGAUGUCGCUGACAAGCCCCUGGACUUAUCAGCGAAAGUUGUUGAUGCUGAAGGUGCUGGGAAGGUGGAGCGUGAAAAAAUGCCACCGACGGUACUGGUGCAUGGCCGGGCGGGAGGUGGGCCGCUGCUGCCAGGGGGUGAUGCCCAGAAGGAGACCCUUUCCCCUGGGACCUGUCCCAUCUACCGUCCUGAGAUCAUCAGCACGGCACCUUCCUCUUGGAUUGUUCCUGGGCCCGGCCCUGGUGAGGAGAGCGGCAAGAGUGUCACGCUGAAGAAUAAGGCACUGGACUGGGUGAUUCCCCAGCAGAGGAGCUCCUCCUGCCCCAGGAUGGGCGGCACAGAGGCAGCGGUGGGCAGCGUGUCAGGGACUGUGCCGGCAGGGGGACGGCCAGCUUCGGCCUCACCAGCUCCUAAUGCCAACACAGAUUGCACCAAGGCAGCCAGGAGUGGCAUGGAGAGUGCAGCCUCAGUUAUCCAGCACGUCGGGCAGCCCCUGGCCACCUCGGCCAAGCACAGCAAUAAGGUGACCAAGCCGUGUGGCCAGGAAGCUGGUUUCAAAGCUACCGAGAGCGCCCUGGCCUCCAGCCCCAUCUUCCUGCCACCCAACGAGGCGUUCCGCUCCCCACAUCUGCCCUACCCCAGGAGUUACCUCCCAUACCCUGUCCCGGAGGGCUUGGCCAUCAGCCCUCUGUCCCUGCACGGCAAAGGGCAUGUCUACCCACACCCGGUCCUGCUGCCCAACGGCAGCCUCUACCCUGGCCACCUCGCUCCCAAGCCUGGCCUCCCAUACAGCCUCCCGGCCGGCCGCAGUGAAUUCAUGACCUACCAGGACGCACUGGGCAUGGGGAUGGUGCACCCCAUGUUGUUGCAGCACUCGACGCUGGAGAUGGGCAAGGAGGAGAAGGGAGAGCGGAGGUCGCGAUCCCACGAGCGGGCACGCUAUGAGGAUCCUUCGUUGCGUGGCAGGCUUCCUGAGCUGCUGGAGGCAGGCGGCAAGGUGCACUAUGAGGUUGCGUCCAGUGAUAAGAUGGUGAAGUUACACCAGGGAUCUGGCCACGGCAAGAGCUCCUCCAAAAGUGACAAGCAUCUCUUCCCAGAGCUCCUGCGGGACGAGCAGGACUCUAAAAGUGAGGCAAGCUUAGCAAAAUCUGGAUUUGCUGCUGAGAGUGGUGGUCAGGCUAACGACCCAACAAAGCACAAGGUAGAGCAGGCGUCUCAGCACAGAGAUUUUAUUGAGUUUGGAAGGAAUAGUGAUCUGCACGACAGCUAUAAUUUUAAGCAAGCCCCAAGUUCAGCAUUGUUUGGUUUGAGGAAAGAAGACCUAUCUGCUGUUCAGGGCAAAGAGAGAGUGGCCCUCCAGCCUGCGCCUGCCUUCCUGGAGGCUGCCCACGAGACCGAUGGCCCCGCGCUGACUUUUGGCAAAGCGCAGGACGACACCAAGCAGUUCUGCUUGGGCACCGCGCAGCCCAGCCUCGAAACCAACCAGACAUAUACCAAAGAUGGACCCGAUGACGCGGACUCUGCUGAUGGCAAAAUACUGAAACCCAAGCCAUCUAAACUGGCAAAACGCAUCGCGAACUCUGCUGGUUAUGUAGGUGACCGGUUCAAGUGUGUGACGACCGAGCUGUACGCGGACUCGAGUCAGCUCAGCCGGGAGCAGCGGGCACUACAGAUGGAAGGAUUACAAGAGGACAGUAUUUUAUGUCUACCUGCUGCUUACUGUGAGCGUGCAAUGAUGCGCUUCUCAGAGUUGGAGAUGAAAGAGAGAGAAGGCCAAACAGCUACCAAAGACUCAGAGGUCUGCAGAUUCAGCCAGGCAGACUGGGAAAACUUGAAAGGAAGCGGUGAAAAGAAGCCAAAGCCUGUCACUCUGGAAGAUGCCAUUGCUGACCAAAAUGACAAUGACAGAUGUAACUUUGCUAGUGCAGAAAACAACCAAGGUCACUUUCUCGAAGCUCUGGAGGAAAAAGAUCUCUCAAAUGAGAAAUGUUAUUUAGAGAGACAUUCUAUAUACGACAAAGCGGAAGACCAGCCAACAGAAGAGAUUGGCCAACAUCCAUGUCCGCGUCUGGACAGGAAGCGUAAACACUCUGGUGAGAGAGUGCAAAACGAUGGCAGCCAAAACGAGGGCUUUGUGGACGAGAUGCAGGAUGAAUUUAUAUCAAAGGCAAAAAAGAAGAAGAGCUCCAAAGAUGACUGGCCUGAGAGGGAAAUGACAAACAAUUCCUCUAACCACUUAGAAGAGCCCAAUUGUAAUGAGGUGACCAACCUGAAGGUGUGCAUUGAAUUAACAGGGCUCCAUCCCAAAAAGCAGCGUCACCUGCAGCAUCUUAGGGAACUAUGGGAGCAGCAGGUGUCACCAGAGAGAUCCCCGUCCGGCAAGUUGGGCCGGCAAAGCAGGAAAGAUUUAGCUGAGGCUGUUCAGCCAGAGGCCACUGCAAAGGUCAAAGACUUCACAGAAGAAAGGCACACCAAGAAAAGGUCAGAGGCCAAAAGCAAUAGAAGUUGGUCUGAAGAGUCCCUCAAAACAAGUGACAAUGAACAAGGCUUGCCUGUAUUCCCAGUGUCUCCGCACAUGAAGAGCCUUUCAUCCAGCAAUGCAAACAGCAAAAGGCAGGCUCAGCCAAGCUGCACUCCAGCCUCGAGGUUGGCUGCCAAACAGCAGAAAAUUAAAGAAAGCCGGAAGACAGAUGGGCUGUACACAGACGAAGAGGAGGAUUUCCAACCUGAGUCUCUGCUGCAGAAAUACGCCGAGUGCGAGAAGCCAUCAGGGAAACGUCAGUGUAAAACAAAACACUUGGCACUGCAGGAGAGGAGGAGGAGGUCAUCCCUGACAGGGGAUGACACCACAGAUAUCGAAAAUGCCGAAGAUAAGGUGGCGGUACCGAAGAAGGUGAGGAAACGCACGGAGCCCACUUCAGACUGCGACUCUUCGCCUGCCAAGCCUUACGAGCAGAAGCUGUAUGAGCGGCUGCAGCCCGCCCCGCCGCCCCCCAGCCUGCCGGUUACAGGUGGCCAGCCCCCCUCCCGAACCCCCCCCAGCCGGCCCAUGCCGCCCGAGGCCCGCCGCCUCAUCGUCAACAAGAACGCGGGCGAGACCCUGCUGCAGCGAGCAGCCCGCCUGGGCUAUGAGGAAGUGGUGCUGUACUGUCUGGAAAACAAGGUCUGCGAUGUCAACCACCGUGACAACGCGGGUUACUGUGCCCUGCAUGAGGCCUGUGCCAGGGGCUGGCUGAGCAUUGUGCGGCACCUCCUUGAGUACGGAGCUGAUGUCAACUGCAGCGCGCAGGAUGGAACCAGGCCUAUCCAUGAUGCAGUAGAAAAUGAUCACUUAGAAAUUGUCCGCCUGUUACUGUCUUAUGGUGCUGACCCAACGCUUGCGACGUACUCGGGGAGGACCAUUGUGAAGAUGACCCACAGCGAGCUGAUGGAGACCUUCCUCACAGAGUAUUUAACCGACCUGCAAGGUCGAAGUGUUGAUGACCCUGGUUUGUACUGGGACUUCUAUGGAAGCUCUGUGUGUGAUCCGAAAGAUGAAUCCGGAUUUGAUGUCUUGGCAAACCCCCCUGGGCCGGGUGAGGAAGACGAAGAUGGCUUUAGCGAUGUGUUUGAGUUUGAAUUUUCAGAUGAGCCUCCCUUGCCAUGUUACAACAUACAAGUGUGUCUCUCUCAGGGACCGCGAAACUGGCUCUUGCUCUCAGACGUGGUAAAGAGGCUAAAAAUGUCGUCUCGCAUCUUCCGCUGCAACUUCCCCAAUCUGGAAGUCGUCACCAUCACAGAGGCAGAGUUUUACAAACAGACUUCUCUCAGCCAGUUGUUCGCUUGUGCUACGGACCUUGAAGCGUUUAACCCAGAAAGCAAAGAGCUGUUGGACUUGGUAGAGUUUACAAGCGAACUCAAGACUUUGCUGGGCUCCUCGCUUCAUUGGUUGCAUCCACAUGAGGACCCUCCCUUCGACAUCCUUUGGUGAACCAACAGGCCGUUUAAUGUACAGUGCUAUAUACAGUUACUUCUUUAUGUAUAUGUGUUCAAAUGCAAUUGUUUCUGUAAAGAAAGGACACUAUUAAAUAUGAAAAUAUCUUUCCUUUAUAUAAGAGAUCUGAAUUCCAGUUGGAUGGAUUUUGGAAGAAUUUUUUUUUAACUUCAGUCAGUUUUUACAAAAUUGUUAUAUAAUGUUUCUUUAAAUGCACACAGGCUUUGGGAUAAGUUUGUUAUUACUUGGAACAUUUUUUUUUUUUUAGAGAACACACCCACACAUUGACUUUGUUUCAUACAAAGCACUGAUUACACAGAACAUACUUUUUAUAGGUGAUGUGAUCAAAGUCAUGUGGCUUGUUUGGGAGAUAGGAUUCGGUAAGGCACUUGGUGAUAUUAUUUUUGUUUUUUGUUUACAGAAUUACCUGCUUUGGCCAGGUAAGCACUAUUGAAUAUAAUUCAAUAGUUUGUAAUAUAAAUUAAACCAUAUCCAUACGCAUCAACUAAUUGUAAGAACUUUUAUAUCCUAAUUUAAAAGCUGUGAAAUUUAGUUUUCACACAUCAAACCGGAUUGUUUAUAUAUGUUUAAACAUUUUAUGCUCUUUAUUUAAAGAAGACUUUGAACUAUUUUUUCUGUACCUUGUAAAAUAUUGAAAAACUAACAUAUGUUGAAGUUGCUUGAAACUGUACAUAAACUAAAUUUUCUGAAUUGUGUGUUUAUGUUUGAGAUCUGUGUUUUAACUUUGUAAGUAAAUCUCCUGCCUUUGUAUUUAUAUUUUACAAAAAUUUUCUUAAAGGCAAUAAAACUGUUGAGAAAUGAA